AUGUCAUCAACACAAAUAUAUCAAGUACCUGUUGUGUCCAAUGGUUUAAGGGAACCAGAGUCAUUGUUACAAAUUGUUGACGCUCUUGCUAGUCUGGACAAUGUAUUCAAUAAUGUUUAUACUUCUAUAAGUUCAAGAGUAUCAAAGGAGAAGUCUAGAAUUGAUAAUGUAUCAAAUAGAUUGAGUAGAGCACAAUGUAAAGUUGAUAGUAUAGUUGGAAGUAGGAAUGCCAUCACUGUCUUCAGCAGUGCCAGGUAUCCAUCAUCCAAUCAAUGGACUGACUACAGUCCACUCUACUCUGACAAGGCUCGAGUACCAUUCAAUCCCUCAUCCUCCAACUAUCAACUAAAUGAUGUAGUUGCAACAAGACAACAACAACAACAACAAGACAGCCAAGAAGUGUUAGGUGAACAUGUUGUGUUCAUUGAGAAGAGUAUGAAAGGUUUGGCAAAGAAUGAGGAGUUGGAAAAGGAGGGCCUUGGUCAGUUGCCUCAACAUAUCUCGAGUGUUUCCAACUUGUUAUUGUUCAAUACUCAGGAGAAUCCUUAUAAGAAGUAUCCAAACUCAUUGGAUAACAUGAAGGAUGGUAUGGACAAUACCAAUCAAGGACGUGGACACCAAGUACUACUACAUGGAAGGAGGAGACUACAAGCUCCACCUGUAUCAGUGGAGAAGGGUGAAUCAAUUGUACAAACCAAGAGUGGAUGGAUUCCUCAAAUGAGUAUCAAUCUUUCAGAUCUUCAACAAAAUGUAUUUCCAACAUCAUUACCAUUGGACCAUGUUGCCGAGAAUAUUAAUUGGAACAAUCAAGAGGAGCAACAAACAAUCGCACCCUCCAACAUUAUCUAUUCAAGUCUUCCAAUAUUCGUUACCGACGACACUCCAUCUGUUGAUGUCAAUCAAAUUCCGGAUGUUACAAGAGCAUCUGGAAUUGCUCCCGUCGUUCAACAACCACAACAGUUGCCACCAAGUGGUCUUCCUCCUCUUCCUCCACCUCAACCCCAACAAACUCUCCCAAUAUUGUCAGUGAUAGCAACACAACAACUAGUACCUCCUGCCCCACCUGGUCCAAUCACAGCCCCUCCAGCACCCCCAACACCUUCUGCUCCCAUCACUCGUCAAUCACCAGUAUCCACAGUCCACCAGGCUGAUGAUGACAACAUUGGAAAGAGGGUGCCAACUCCUCAUGGACAAUCCACUGGUACUGGUGAUUUGUUGGCCGAUCUCCAAAGGGAUCACAUGGCUCGCCUAAAGAAGUUUGUACCAGAAGAAGAGAAGCCACGUGCUGUCAAUGACUUUGCUGCAAUCUUCCGUGACAGACUUCAAGAACGAUGGGAAGCCAUGAAGCCCGAUGACAGCGACCCUGAAGAUGAGUCAGAUGAUACUGCAUGGAUUGAUGAUUGA